ACAAUGGCCCCUGUCGGGGCUCUCCGCAGGGUGCAGCUCUACAGCUACUGUUUCCCUUCUGCCCGCUUCCUCUUUCUGGCUUCCUCCUUGCACGUCUUCCUCUGCAUUCCAGAGCUUACUGGCUGUGCUCUCCAAGUGGUGGCACCUGGUUACGCACUGCGCCGGGUAAUAGAGAUCCCCCAGCUUUUCCAGUGGCAGCAAACGGGGCCCACGGUGCGGCUUCCUUUUCUGAUCUGGGUUUUGGAGCCAGGAUCUCUGGAGCUGCCAUCUCUUCAAGCAGCUGAGACAAGCUGUUCACACAUGGAGCGCUCUGGACACUGACCCACUGGUCUGACUUUCUUGCCAGCCUGGGCAGGGUUGUGAGGCCUGCUGGACUGGGCAUUCCGGCUGGCGAUCGGUCCAGAGAAAGGCGGUGGCUCCCAGCCGGGGAGAAGGUGGCAGUGAUGAUUGUUAGAAAGUGGUCACAGUGUGCAGCUGCUCCUUUAACUGGGGAGUUAGGACUGACUUGGGGAAAUAAGGUGUGGAGUGUGUGUGUGUGUUUGUGUACGUGCUCACAUGUGCAUGAGAGAGUGGGUGGGGAGAACAGUUUGUAAUGAAAAUGAAUCGUUUCUAAGACUCUGAAAUUUGGGGGCUAUUAUGGCGUGAAUAGGUAUUUUUUGAGAAUAAUUUUGCAGAUGGUGGUAUUGUUGCUUUUCAUGGCUUCAUUUGGUUGGAAACUCCAAGUAAAGUGUCAGUUUAAUUGUUUUUAAUAAAAUAAAUAGUCCAAGUUCACUUAACCGUGAGCAGUUAGGUCUUGUGUCCUAAAUGGCAAAGGGUCAACACCAGCCUGAACUAAAACUCCAUCAGAAGGGUCUGUACUUUUAGACAUGUGGGCCCCUUUCCGUCUCUGUGCAACUCUCGCUGCUUUAGGACUUUCUCUUUCUCUCUCCGGCUCUCAGCUUUCUUCUUCCUGUCCCUCUGUCUCUUCCUGCUUCUUUUUGGAUGUUGUCUACAUCCCAGGUGCUCUUGGCUGACCCUCCAAAACUGCAGAAGGAGUGGGUUGCCUUGGACGGGCGACCUCAAGGCCUCUGCAGAGAUAAGGGAGGAGGGAGGCGUCCACACACUCCUGACCCUGAGGUUUGUUUCCCAGACGGGGAGGCUUAGACCACAGCUCUGAUUCAGAAACAAACGGGUAUCUCUUGAGGCUUGAGUGGGUUUGAACUCUUUUGGAGUGUUCUUUGGCCUCACUAAUGGGCUGCUUAUACAGAGGUUGGGGGAAAACGUAGUUCACAAACAGAUUGGCAAUGGUGAGAAAGGAACACCAGGCUCUCCUGAAAAUUCAUAAGACUUUAAACCCUGAAAAUGUGGCAACCUUCUUUGGUUGUGCCUCCAGUGCAUUUGCUUUUCUAGUUAAGCUUGCUCAUGUGAUAGUACCAGAGCAGAUUGUUUCUUGGUCUGGAGGAAAGUUUAAAUGAUUUUACAAGUGGCAUCCUUUGUCCCCUGGAUAGAGGCAGGGACGUUAUAGAAGAAAAGCACAAGAGACCCCUCUCUUUUCCCCCACUAGGCUGAGCUCAAGUUCUCCACAGAGAUUAAAUGGCCUUACACAGAGGCUGGGGUGGUUUCUGUUGUUUAAUUAGAGGUGGUGCCAGGGUGACAAGCUCAUUUCAGAUGAGAAGCGAUUUUCUAAAAAUCAGGGAGAGGACCAUGAACGUAACCUGGCAGCCCUGUGAGUCUGCCUGCAGGAGCCGCGUCGGCGCGGGGCCCGAGGAUCGCAGGACCGCUGGCCCCAUCUGCUGUCCGCUCGCCACUCAGCCACCAAACCGCUCCAGAGCAAAAACAGUCACCACUGAGGAGUGCCUGGCGAACCCUGUGGGCAUGAACCGCUACAGCAUGGACCUCUCUGCCUCCGCCUUUAGCCACAGGGGCUCCUUGCCCACCUCUUCCUCGCUGUACUGCAAGAGACAGAACUCUGGAGAUGGCCACCUUGGAGGAGUCCUGGCCACCACAGCUAGUGGUCCCCGCUCCAGCCCCAUGUCCUCUGGAGGCCCCUUGGCACCUGGGCUGAGGCCCCCAGGCUCCAGCCCCAAGAGAAAUGGGACCCCUCUUGAAGGAAACAGAUGUGCCUCAAGCCCUCCCUCAGACGGGCAGGAUGCCAGGCAGCCCUGGAGCAGGAAUCCGUCCACCUGGACUGUGGAGGAUGUGGUCUGGUUUGUGAAAGACGCUGACCCGCAGGCUCUGGGGCCUCACGUGGAGCUCUUCAGAAAGCACGAGAUUGAUGGCAAUGCUCUCUUGUUGCUGAAGAGUGAUAUGGUCAUGAAAUACUUGGGUCUGAAGCUGGGCCCCGCGCUGAAACUGUGCUACCAUAUUGAUAAACUGAAGCAAGCCAAAUUCUGAAGGUUUCUAAAAGAUAGAAGCAACGUCCAGACCACAGAUCUCAAGAUCAUCUUCUGCCUUACCAACAUCCAGCCACCAUCACAAAGUAGAUUCUCUUAAAAUUAACAGCCACAAAGGCUUUGUCUUUUAAUAAAACUUGUGCAUCUCUGCCUUUUAAAGAAAAAUUCAACAUGACUGUUUUGAAAGGC